AUGAAUUCCCUUCAUUUAUCGAGAGCUCCUAAAUCUUCAAGAAGAAUCCUUGAUGAUAUGCUUCCUCCAUUCAUUGGAAAAUACACCCGUGGACUAUUAUUAGGAGAAACAGAAUUAGGAUUAAUGUAUAGUGGAUUUAACACUACAACCAAAGAAAUAGUUUCAUUAAUUCAUGUAAUUAAUCCUGAAUAUUGUUCAAGUGAAGAUUCAAUUCGAAAAACAGUUGAGUAUCUAUUUGAUAAAGAUAUUAAAAAAAUUAUUCAAUAUAAAGAUGUUGUUCAAGUUGAAGGUGGUUUCACAUUUAUUAUUAUCGAUUAUUUUUCAUUAGGACAACUUUCAGAUUAUAUAAAUAUGUUUGUAAUUUUCCCUGAACAUAUUGUAAAAAUCAUUGCAAUGCAAUACAUCUUAUUAAUCGAAGCUUUAACAAAUGCUCACAUUGUUUAUAAUAAACUUUCUCUCAUAAAUUCGUUUGUUAGUUCAAAAGGAAUAAUCAAUUGUAUUGGUCUUCUUCCACCAUCGAUUCAUAAAAUAUCAACUACAUCAAAACAAGUAAUACCAGAUUCUAUUUCUCAAAAAUCUUCUUUAGAAGAUUUAUCAUCAACAACAAAAGAUGUUUGGAAUUUAGGAAUUGUUUUAAUUGAGCUAUUAACAGGUAGAAUGAUUUAUGAUGAUUAUACAACCACCCCUGAAAGAAUAUUUGAUACAAUAACACUUCCAAAUGAUUUAUCAUAUGAAUGUCGUGAAUUCUUAAUUUGUUGUUUAGAAGAAGUUCCAAGUGGAAAGUUAUCUAUUGAGUCUUUACGUAAUCAUCUGUGGCUUGAAGAUGUUACCGAAUUACAUAGUGAAAUAUUAUCUUUAUUUACUGAAUUUUUAGAAGAUCAUAUACCUUAUGAAAAUUAUAAUUUCAAUGCUGACUCACUUAAACCAGGAACUUUAUUUGUUAAUGUAUGUCCAUUUAUGAAACUUGUUACUGAUCAAGAAAUAGAAGAUUUUGAAAUAUUAAGCGACUUGUCAUUAACAUAUGUUAUGUUAGAGAAAAUCAUGCAAGACAUUUGUAUGAGUGAUAAUUUUGAAGAUGAUGAAAAGGAAACUCUGACUUGUUUAGUUGAAGAAAUAACUAAGUGUCUUCAAACAUCAGAAAUUGAAGUAAAUUUAAAACCAAGUCAAAUUAGUUACGAUGAAGUUGAUUCAACUAUUAUAAAUCAAAGCAAACGUAUUGAAGCAAUGCAACAACAAGUUGAAUCAUUUAAUGAAAGAAAUAAAAUAUUGGUACAAGAAAUAGAAAAAAUCGAGAAUUUCUUAAUUGAAACAAAAACAGGAGUUGAAUUAUUAGCAACUUCAUUAUUUGGUAAAUUAACACCACAAAAAAUAAAUGGAGAAAAAGAAGGUAAUUUAUUGUAUUUAAGUCAAAAAGAAGAGAAAAAAGAUGUUAAAAAAGAUAAAGGAAUUAGUGAGAAAAGUUGGAAAUUAGUUUGGGUAGUUAUUAAAUAUACAUUCAUUUUUGUAUUUAAAUCUCGAGAUGACACUACACUGAUUGAAACAUUUAUGUUUAAACCAGGACAUUUUGAAAUAGCUCCUGAAGCACGUUAUGGUAAAAAAUUAUGUUUCUAUAUUAAUGGUCAUGUCUUUGCUGCUCCUGAUGAACAAACAAAUGAUGAAUGGAAAAAAUGUAUUGAUUCAGCUGUUAAUUGGUAUUCAGCAACUGACUAA